AGAUGGCUGAGGGAGAGAGGGGAAACCUCGAAGGAUUGUGCGUGACUUCUGGAGCCUCUUGGGAGGCCGUUCGGAUUCUUUUUUCUCCUUGGUCCCCACCCCGGAAUUCGUGGCCUUAGUUUUACCAUCUGAGAAGAAGGCGUGGAGCCGUCCCCCCCGCUCCCCACACUCCGCGGUGAUGGGGCAAAUCCAGGGCGAGCAGCUUUGGUUUGCCCAACAAAGGUAUUGAACUAGCUUCUGGUCAUCGUGGCUCCUAUCUGGCCCCAUUCCUGCCCUCUGAAGCAGCAGAGCCCACAUACCAGAUGUUACAGAACCUCCCUGCCUUUGCUGCUCAUCUCUGCAAAUAGAUGACUAGAAUGGUCAACUCCAGGAGAAUUCCUAGAUCAGGCUGGAAGAUGACCCUACUCUGGCUCUCUCAUGUCAGCGGCCACCUUGCAUCCACUGAAGAUGUUUGCUCAUCCUUUGCCCUCAUGACCUCUGCACAUGGUCCCAACACGGCUACUUUCCUAGCUGCCCGGCGAAGCCGUCUACUCUCCCGUCUCCUGCCACUGAGAUUUCUCUGGCAUCAGCCGGCCCAGUUUACCGAAUCCCUGAAGCUCCAGAGGACACGUGUUGAGCUUUUUGAGUGUCUUACAGGCGCCUCUUUCCCCAAGCUUGAGGAGUGCAAGCCGCGCCCCCAAAGCUGGGUCUUUUCUGAGCGAUAUCUGCUGUAUCCCGCCCCUACCAACAUGCCCAGGAGCGCUGUGACUUAUUGGAAGAGAUGGACAUUGCAGUAUUCAAUCCCAGCUCCGUCUGCGCCUGGAAAGAUGUGCGCCUUACUCCCCGGCGGCCUCUGAGGGGCCGCGCCCGGGGGCCUCUGGGAAGUGUAGUCCGCGCGCUCGCCGGACCCCUGGGUUGCUGGAGCGAGACUCCGCGUGCGCAGGCGCACUUCCGGCUCUGCCCCGUCGCUGCGGCCAUUGUCCAGCCCCGGGGCGGCUAAGGAGGCUUAGGGCCUCACCUCCGCACAGCAGAAUUGGAGAGGACUGAGCCGGAGGCGGGGGCGAGGGCGAGAGGAGCCGGCCCAAACCUUGGGUGGGCCUGAGAUCGCAAAACCCGGAAACUCCAGGAGGCAGUGAUUCCGACUGUGCGGGCAGGAGCUGCACCUCCCACGAGUUUGGCGCGUGUCUGCGGGGCCGCGCCCACCAUCCUGCGGGUGGGACUGGGCGUGGCCAAAGGAGGGUGUCCUCGACUCGUCUCUGUCUGGGAGCCAGGCCCGGCGAGGCAGGAAUGGCCCCGAGGCCGCCGACGGAGGCGCCCCAGGAAUCAGUGACAUUCAAGGAUGUGGCUGUGGACUUCACACAGGAAGAAUGGCACCACAUGGCCCCUGCUCAGAGGCGCUUGUACAGGGAUGUGAUGCUGGAGAACUACAGCAACCUGGUUUCUCUUGGAUAUCAAGUUUCCAAGCCAGAGGUGAUUUUCAAAUUGGAGCAAGGAGAAGAGCCAUGGCUAUCAGAGGGAGAAAUCCAAAGAUCUGUCUGUCCAGACUGGAAGACCAGGCCUGUGGCCAAAUCAUCAAAUCUACAGCAGAGCACAUUUGAAGUAUCCCUGCACACAGAUGAUCUCUCAUGUGCUACAUUAGAAGAUGUGAGUAAUCAGUUAGAGAGGCACCAGGAAAACUGGAAGAGGUAUCUGGGGCCAGAUGUAUCCACCCAAAAGAAAAUAAUCACACCAGAGAAAACCUUGGAGCAUAAUAAAUUUGGUGAAAACUCUAGAUUGAACACAGGCCUGGUUACACAACUGAACAUUCCUUCAAGGUCUAGUGAAUGUGAUACACUUGGAAUCAAUUUGGGACAUAAUUCAGACUUACUUAAUCAGAAUAAUAUCCUUGUAAAAAAGAAACCUUAUAAAUGUAAUAAAUGUAGAAAAGCUUUUAUUCAUAGAUCAUCACUUACUAAACAUGAGAAAACUCAUAAAGGAGAGGGAGCUUUUCCCAAUGGUACAGAUCAGGGAAUUUAUGCUGGAAAGAAACACCAUGAAUGUACUGACUGUGGGAAAACCUUCCUAUGGAAGACACAGCUUACUGAACAUCAGAGAAUUCACACAGGGGAGAAACCCUUUGAAUGUAAUGUGUGCGGGAAAGCCUUCAGGCAUAGUUCGUCCCUUGGUCAGCAUGAGAAUGCACAUACCGGAGAGAAACCCUAUCAGUGUAGUCUCUGUGGGAAAGCCUUUCAGCGCAGCUCCUCACUUGUUCAACACCAGAGAAUUCACACUGGAGAGAAACCCUAUCGAUGUAACUUAUGUGGGAGGUCUUUCAGGCAUGGCACGUCCCUCACUCAGCAUGAGGUCACACACAGUGGAGAGAAACCCUUUCAAUGUAAGGAAUGUGGGAAAGCCUUUAGUCGAUGUUCUUCCCUUGUCCAGCAUGAGAGGACUCAUACUGGAGAAAAACCUUUUGAAUGUAGCAUAUGUGGGAGGGCUUUUGGUCAGAGCCCAUCCCUUUAUAAACAUAUGAGGAUUCAUAAGAGAGGGAAACCUUACCAAAGCAAUAACUAUGGCAUAGACUUCAAGCACAGCUCAUCUCUUACUCAAGAUGAAAGCACUCUGGUGGAAGUGAAAUCCUACCAUUGUAAUGACUGUGGGGAAGACUUCAGUCACUUUACAGACUUUUCUGACCAUCAGAAGAUCCAUACUGGACAGAGCCCCUAUGAUUGUGAGCAGACCUUCAGUCAACAAUCUAUUUCUCAUCCUGGAGAGAAACCCUAUCAGUGUAAUGUAUGUGGGAAAGCUUUCAAAAGGAGUACAAGUUUCAUAGAGCAUCACAGAAUUCAUACUGGAGAAAAACCCUAUGAAUGUAAUGAAUGUGGAGAGGCCUUCAGUCGACGCUCAUCACUUACUCAACAUGAGAGAACCCAUACAGGAGAGAAACCCUAUGAAUGUAUUGACUGUGGGAAAGCCUUCAGUCAGAGUUCAUCCCUCAUUCAGCAUGAGAGAACUCAUACUGGAGAAAAACCCUAUGAAUGUAAUCAAUGUGGGCGAGCUUUCCGAAAGAAAACCAAUCUACAUGAUCAUCAGAGAAUUCAUACUGGAGAAAAACCCUAUACUUGUAAGGAAUGUGGGAAAAACUUCAGUCGAAGCUCAGCUCUAACUAAACACCAGAGAAUUCAUAUGCGAAAUAAACUCUAAGAACCUUGGAAUUUUUUUUAAAAAAUGUGCAGAAAGCUUUAGCUAAAAUAUUGUUCAUACUCAUUGUCAAAGGAUUCUUGCUGGAUAAAAAGCUUGAGAAUGUCACAAAUUAUGUGUAUUUGUAUGUUGUGUGCAGAGAAAACUCUGCUAGUAGACAAUUUUUUUCAAUAAAAGCCACAUUCUUAGAUCUGGUUACAAACUUUUAUAAAAACAACUACAAACAUAAUAUAUAACCUGUUGGAAAUGGUAUGCCUAUAUAUUGGACUUUAUAAAACUUGUUAACAUAUAUGUGCAGGAGAUUACAAACUUUCAACAAUUUGACUUGCAAGUGUUACUGUUUACAGCCUUUUUUAUAGAUAAAAUUCCUGCAUUAAUGACAAAAACUCAUUUUAAAAAUUGCUUGACAACUGCAUUCAAUUGCAGCUCUUAUAUUGAAUGCACCAUGGAAACCAAUUCCACCUCCAGAAAUUCACCAUUCAAAGAAUUAGAUCAGCAGUCCAGCUACUUCAUUGUACAGACGAAGAACCUGAAAACCAAAGAUGUGAAAUGGUUUGCGCAGUAUGCUACAGCUUAUGGUGGUAAAACUGGUAUAGGAUGCAGGUCUCCUGGCUCUUUGGCUCCAGGGUCUUGACACUGAAAAGCUAAUUUGGAAUUCAGAGGGCUUUUAAAUAAAUUUUAAAUCAGAUGCACAAACAUUUAAUGAGCACUUAAGAAUUCAUAAAAGCAUAAGAGGCAGCAAAUUUAAAUUUGUCACAAACUUAUUUAAAGCAACUUGUUAGAAGCUUACAAACCAAAAUGUUAACAGAAACUAAAUGGUUGAACUAAAGUAUCAUAAUUAUACUUUCAGCUAACAUGUCAGUUUUAUAGAACUAUUAAGUCCUUCUCUGCACUGCCCCAAGCUUCCUAUAUUGGAUCAAUGAGAAAACAACACAAGACUAAGACAAGAAUUUUCCCCAAAAUUAAUUUGACAGUGUAGAAGUAUAAAUUCAGUUACCUCUUGCCAUAAAAUUUGCCUUUAAAUUAACACAUGUGCCAAGGAAAUAUUUCACCAUAAAAAAAUAAUAAUAACUUAAGCUUGGUGUUGCUUUUCCAUCCGUAAAGCCUGAGAGCUAAGUCAGUUUCAGUAGCCCACUCAAAUCCUUAGUGUCCCUUAGUGGGAAUUCAUAGGUCAUCCCAAAGGAAUUUCAAGAAGCUUUGUUGGUUCAUUGGCACUAACAGUGCAGAUAAUUUUAGAAGCAAUUGUGGACAUUGACCCCUUUCAAAAUACAUGAGCAUCUUUUCUCUAAGAUAAAACAAUUUUUCCACCUUGAUGAGUCAUGGGGAGGAGUAAUAUGAGUGGUGAUGAUGAAACCUUUCAUCCAUCAUCCUUAUCUCAUCCUGGAUAACAGGAGACAGCUCCCAACCAUUCUUCAUAGUUCUUUUGCAGGAAAAUGUGCCUGGGGGUUGAAAUAUGGCAUGUCUAGCCCAUUGUCUAUCAUAUAUGAAGCAAGAUGGGAUACUCCCUAGCCGAUUUGCCCAUCUAAGACAUUAGCCAUUCAAAACAUGCCUUGUUUAUGAUAUGCCAUGCUGAGUGCACAUUCAAUGCCAAAGUCAUGCUUGUAUUGUCUGGUACAUAGUUUGACAAUAUGUAAUACUCAAACCUUCCCUAUUGAUUGGCCAAGAUGCCUAUCAGGGACUCAUUUUGCUGCUGAUUGUUUGGGGAUCCUCAUAGUGGACUAUUUGUAAAAAUGGCAUGAAUUGUAACCAAUUGAGUGCUACCCUACUGUUAUAGAAGUUUAUAAACACUUUAGAUCUAGAAGACCCAAAGGAGACCACUGGUUUGUGUGUGGAGUCUGGCCUAGAUCCAACCAAUCUCCGAAUCUCAGCACAUCUUCAUUAACAGGGAGGGAGCCCAGGAUAUAUGUGUGGCUAACAGAGCAGAGGAUUCUGUGGUCCCAGCAUCUAUGCACCGUGCACUUAUGACCACCUAGCUUUCUAGGCCACAUGAAAUGCAUCCUUGUAACAUCGUUGUGUCAUUUCAAUAAAUAGCCUUCUUAGUUGAAUGGGAGUCAGUAUGUCUAUUUCAAUUUUCAGAAGUUGACUAAGAAAAGAGUGGCAUAUCAAGGAGGGAUUAACUGCUGAACUCUUCACAGCCAGGUGAGUUAAUAACAGCUACCAUUUAUUGAAUGCUUGCUACUUGAAAGACACUGUGCCAAGUACUUGGUAGCCAUCAUUUCAGUUAAUUCUUAAAGUUCCCCAUUCUAGGUCUUGUGGUAACUGUUGUCUGCCCAGCUUUUUUCCUCUCUUUCCUUGUAACAAUCCCUGCUGUACCGAUCACAGGAAUACAAAGCAGGACAUGCCUGGGGCUCAGUGAUAGUUUUAGGGGAAAGCAUGUGCCUAGUUGAGCCAAUAUCAGAGUCCUUUGCCAGGAUUUUUCAAAGCAGAGUUAGCAGGGAAAUUUUAAUUUGGGGUUGCUAGGCUGGGAGGAUGAAGGCUAGAGCUGCCUGGAGCCCGAUUCCCUACCAGAGGGGAGGUCUCUUGUGAAAGAGGGUGCCACUGACAUGAUGGUGUUCUCUUUACUAAUCCCUGAAGUCUUUGGACCUGCCUCAAUUUCUGAAGCAUUUUGUAGGAUUCAGUGGGCUCCCCACUAUCAGUCCAGUGAUUCCCCCCUUUUUGACUAAAGGCUAAUCUGUUAGACUCAGUUUCUUUUUUUCUUUUUCUUUUUUC